CGCGCGAGCAACCCCGCGGAGGGGCACAGCAUGUGCACAUCUGCCCGGCUCUACUUUCCGCGGCGGCAUCGUUGAGAAGGAGACGGCGACGGUUUGUCUCCUUUUGGCGACAUUCCAACCUUCGCUCGUGCCACCUUUUCUGUCUCUUUUGGCUCGCGGCUGUCAAGUCAACCGAGACUUUUGUUUUUUGUUUUUAAAUUCGCCCACCUGAAGAGCUUUUUUUUUUUUUUGGAGGGGGGGGGGGGGCACUUGUUCGAACCGAGACUCGAACCUCCCCGGAGAGCCGAAAUGGGGACGCAAUGGAGAACAACGCGCCAUAAUGACAACGUGAAAACGCGACUUAACGGGCGCCGAAGAAAGUAGAUCGCAAAGGCGUACGGCCGGUCGGACAGCUACCGCGUGGCCACCACGCAGGACAAAGAUGAGAAGGAGUCGCCCAAGAAGAAAGGAGGCAAGGACAUGGACGACCUCAAGAAGGAAGUGCCGAUCACGGAGCACAAAAUGUCCGUGGAGGAAGUUUGCAGGAAGUACACCACGGACAUCGUCCAGGGUCUGACCAACGCCAGGGCGGCCGAGUACCUGGCCAGAGACGGCCUCAACGCCCUGACCCCGCCUCCCACCACCCCGGAGUGGGUCAAGUUCUGUCGCCAGCUGUUCGGCGGCUUCUCCAUCCUGCUGUGGAUCGGCGCCAUCCUCUGCUUCCUGGCCUACGCCAUCCAGGCCGCCACCGAGGACGAGCCCGCUGGGGAUAACUUGUACCUCGGUAUCGUGCUGUCGGCCGUCGUCAUCAUCACCGGCUGCUUCUCCUACUUCCAAGAGGCCAAGAGCUCCAAGAUCAUGGAGUCCUUCAAGAACAUGGUCCCCCAGCAAGCCCUGGUGAUCCGCGAAGGGGAGAAGAUGCAGAUCAACGCCGAGCAGGUGGUGGCCGGAGACCUGGUGGAGGUGAAGGGGGGGGACCGGAUCCCCGCCGACCUGCGCGUCAUCUCUUCGCACGGCUGCAAGGUGGACAACUCCUCCCUGACGGGCGAAUCGGAACCUCAGACCAGGUCGCCGGACUGCACCCACGACAAUCCCCUGGAGACCCGCAACAUCGCCUUCUUCUCCACCAACUGCGUGGAGGGCACGGCUCGCGGCAUCGUCGUGUGCACGGGCGACCGCACCGUGAUGGGCCGCAUCGCCACCCUCACUUCGGGCCUGGAGACCGGCAAGACUCCCAUCGCCAAGGAGAUCGAGCACUUCAUCCAAAUCAUCACCGGCGUGGCCGUCUUCCUGGGCGUCAGCUUCUUCGUGCUGUCGCUGGUCCUGGGCUACUCGUGGCUGGAAGCCGUCAUCUUCCUCAUCGGCAUCAUCGUGGCCAACGUGCCCGAAGGCCUGCUGGCCACCGUCACCGUGUGUCUCACGCUGACUGCCAAGCGGAUGGCCCGCAAGAACUGCCUGGUGAAGAACCUGGAGGCCGUGGAGACGCUGGGCUCCACCUCCACCAUCUGCUCGGACAAGACGGGCACCCUGACCCAGAACAGGAUGACCGUGGCCCACAUGUGGUUCGACAACCAGAUCCACGAGGCCGACACGACCGAGGACCAGUCCGGCUCCUCCUUCGACAAGAGCUCCACCACCUGGGCGGCCCUGGCCCGCAUCGCCGCGCUCUGCAACCGGGCCGUCUUCAAGGCCGGCCAGGAGUCGCUGGCCAUCCUCAAGCGCGAGGUGGCCGGCGACGCCUCCGAGUCGGCGCUGCUCAAGUGCAUCGAGCUGUCGUGCGGCUCCGUCAAGACCAUGAGGGACCAGAACAAGAAGGUGGCCGAGAUCCCCUUCAACUCCACCAACAAGUACCAGCUGUCCGUUCACGAGAGCGACGAGGAGUCGGAGCACCGCUACCUGCUGGUGAUGAAGGGAGCCCCCGAGAGGAUCCUGGACCGCUGCUCCACCAUCAUGCUGCAGGGCCGCCAGCAGCCCAUGGACGACGAGAUGAAGGAGGCCUUCCAGAACGCUUACCUGGAGCUGGGAGGCCUGGGGGAGAGGGUUCUGGGGUUCUGCCACCUCUUUCUGCCGGAGGAGUCCUACCCGAAAGGUUUCGCCUUCGACACGGACGACGUCAACUUCCAGACGGACAACCUCUGCUUCGUCGGCCUCAUGUCCAUGAUCGACCCGCCCCGCGCCGCCGUUCCCGACGCCGUUGGCAAAUGUCGCUCGGCCGGCAUCAAGGUCAUCAUGGUGACCGGCGAUCACCCCAUCACGGCCAAGGCCAUCGCCAAGGGCGUGGGCAUCAUCUCCGAGGGCAACGAGACGGUGGAAGACAUCGCCGCGCGUCUCAACAUCCCCGUCGGUCAGGUCAACCCCAGGGACGCCAAAGCCUGCGUCAUCCACGGAACGGACCUGAAGGACCUGGACCAGGGUCAGAUGGACGACAUUUUGAGGAAUCACACCGAGAUCGUCUUCGCCAGGACUUCGCCUCAGCAGAAGCUCAUCAUCGUCGAGGGCUGCCAGAGACAGGGCGCCAUCGUGGCCGUGACGGGCGACGGCGUCAACGACUCCCCCGCCCUCAAGAAGGCCGACAUCGGCGUGGCCAUGGGAAUCUCCGGCUCGGACGUGUCCAAGCAGGCCGCCGACAUGAUCCUGCUGGACGACAACUUCGCCUCCAUCGUCACGGGCGUCGAGGAAGGCCGCCUCAUCUUUGACAACCUGAAGAAGUCCAUCGCCUACACGCUGACCAGCAACAUCCCCGAGAUCACGCCCUUCCUCUUCUUCAUCCUGGUCAACAUCCCGCUUCCGCUGGGCACCAUCACCAUCCUCUGCAUCGACCUGGGCACCGACAUGGUGCCGGCCAUCUCGCUGGCGUACGAGGCGGCGGAAAGCGACAUCAUGAAGCGUCAGCCCAGGAACCCCACGAGGGACAAGCUGGUCAACGAGAGACUCAUCAGCAUCGCCUACGGACAGAUCGGUAUGAUCCAGGCCCUCGGCGGCUUCUUCGCCUACUUUGUCAUCAUGGCGGAAAACGGCUUCCGGCCCUCCGUGCUGAUGGGAAUCCGCCUCAACUGGGACGACCGCUCCAACAACGACCUGGAGGACAGCUACGGGCAACAAUGGACGUACGAGCAGCGCAAGAUCGUGGAGUUCACGUGCCACACGGCCUUCUUCGUCAGCAUCGUGGUGGUGCAGUGGGCCGACGUCAUCAUCUGCAAGACCAGACGCAACUCCGUCUUCCAGCAGGGCAUGAGAAACAAGAUUUUGAUCUUCGGCCUGUUUGAGGAAACCGCCCUCGCUGCCUUCCUGUCCUACUGCCCGGGCAUGGACGUGGCGCUGCGCAUGUACCCGCUCAAGGCCAGCUGGUGGUUUUGCGCGUUUCCCUACAGUUUCCUCAUCUUUGUUUACGACGAGAUCCGAAAGCUCAUCCUGCGCCGAAACCCCGGCGGUUGGGUGGAAAAGGAGACGUACUAUUAAAUGAUCCAAACGUCUCAUUCUCCCCUUUUCCCUUUUGUCCCCCUCCCCUUGCUGUUCUCAAGCCCCGCCCCCUGCCCCUUUUUGGCCCCUCCCGUGCUGUCAUCUGAUUGGCUAGCGCAUUACAAUUAAGGGCCUAUGUGCUGGAGCACAAUCCGACGUCCAUUGUUGUUUACGUUUAGAGUGCAUGUUGCCAUGGUAACAGUCUGCUGAUGUUGAUUAUUAUUAUUUUUUUUUUUCCCUGCCAUUAUCUUCACCUAAAGAUAAAAAAAAAAAAAAAAAAAAUUGCCAAGAUGGCGCAGGGACCAAACACGGAUGUUAGCGUGGGGGGCUAACAUACACACGCGCAUCCUCACCAUCCUCCCUCCCCCC